CUGAAAGUGAUUUAUAGUUAAUCAUAAAUCUUGACAUAUAUACAUUUAGUGUUAUAUAUUUUCGUUGAUGUAUUAAAAAAUAUAAUUCUCACUUAUUAAUCAAAUAUGUGUGAUCUAGAUAGACUUUAUCAAACUUUUUUUUUACACUUGAAGAAGUCUAUUUAGACUCUUUUUUUUUUCAUGAUACAAAAAAAAAGUAUAAAAUAAUCACAGAAAUUUUCUUGUUUAUUUUAAAUCUUUUAAUCUCCUUUUUUGCACCUUUUUUUCUCCAGAAAAAAAAAUGGAAACUUAUCGAGGGAGAGUUGAAACUUUAAAUGAUGCAUUGGUUAUUUUUGAAGCGUGCCGGCAGGGAAUCCUUCAUAAGACCACACGUCGAUUGCUGGAGAAGGAGAAAGAAGAAUUACGUGGUGGAAAAGUUUAUGUGUUUGAUGAAAUUGAAUCAGGAAUAAAACGAUGGACAGAUGGGAGAUUAUGGAGCCCAAGUAGGAUUAUCAAAGAUUUCCUAGUUUAUCGUGAAUUAGCAACACGUGAUCUAAACAUCAAACGUCAUGAACCUUUGGACGAUUUGUUACAAAAACGAAUCACCACUGAAGGACUUAAAGUACAUCAAUGUAGCAAAGGAACGUUUUUAUUGAGGAAAGAUGGUUUAUUAAAGAAAACCCUAAGCAUUAAAUUUAACGAAGAAUAUCAACAUAUGAUUAUUUAUGAAGAUGCCGUCAUUUCACCAGAAUCAUCUUUACCUCCUCGGGCGUUUGAAGAACUUCGAUACCUUCAGCCUGGAGAAGAUAUUUUAAAUUCGGAAAAGAUGCCAAAGAUAAAUAGAAAUUAUUCAAAAAAAAUUCAAAAAAAGAGAAAUGAACAACAACCAAUACAAUAUCUAUCGAAACAAUUUUUAUUGGCUCAAACGGAUCAACGACAACCGAAUUAUCAACUUUAUUAUCAAACUGGCAUUAUUGGAGGAAGUUCGUUAGGAAGUACACUUUUAGGCGGCGCAUUAAAUAACGAUCAAAUAUAUGUGAAUGAUAAUAUUAUACCAUCUACUAGCACUUUUGUUCCAUAUCAAUAUGGUGCUGUAAAUUUGACAGUCGAAACUCCACUAUUGUGUAUUCCUUGGUCACCUAAUCAACCAAUUAGUUUUAAUAGUUCAAAUAUUAAUUCGGCUAUUUAUCCUUCUAUAAUUCCACCACUUCAACAAACUCAAAUUUUUAAUAAUUCUACUAAUCCUUUGAAUGACAGUCUUACAAUUAGUAAUGAAAAUGAUUCCGAUAUAGAAACUGAAAACUAUGCAUAGUUCAAAUUAUAUAAUGUUUUUAAUUAAUCACGUGAUACUACGAUAUAAAUGCCUCAUUAUUAUUCGUAAUAAAGUUAAUACCAAGAGCUAGGGUUAUUUAAAGCACCAUCACGUUUCAUUUUCCGCUGGAGAAUACAGACAAUA